AUGAACUUUUCUUGUCCAGGACUUAACCAGACACAGCCACCACCACCACCUUGCCAGCACCCUUCAUUAUCUCCUCCCGUCCUCGAUCUCGAAUCCACCAUCAUGGAGGCGGAGCAGCCUCAACAUUAUGAACAAGAAGUUAUUCCUCCUCCUGCUCCUCGUCCUCCUCCUCCUCGUCCUCCUCCUCCGGGCAAUGACACCGUCGCACACAACACCGAGCAGACUCAGGACUGGCCAAUGGUACUAGUCGCAUUUUGCUUAGCAUCAGCAGUUGAAAUAGCUCUCUGUUGGGUACAAAAUUCUGGCCGACUGCCUCUACUCUUCCACUUCUUGUCCUUUUUUAUUUUGCUGGCAUUUACCUCUCUGCUUGUUGCCAGAUUUGUUGCUUCCAAGUAUCCAAUUCAGUCACAAGCACUGGAUAGAGUUGGGGUAUUUUGUGUUGCCACAGCAUUCUUCUUUGCUGUGACAAUACCAUUUCCACUAUGCCUCAAGCUCACCUCCUGGGCCAUCUAUGCUCUAUCCUUGCUUGUCAUUGUAUACUGCAAUAAUAAAGGUACGCGUCAUGUGAAGCUCUUGUAA